AAUAAAUCUAGGCAUUAGGGUCCAGGAGACAGUUUUUGGGGUGUAAAUAGGUAAAAAUAAGUGGCCGAGCGCGACCAUCUGGCAACGUUGGACACACUACAGCUGGGACCGGAGAGAGAAGCGGGUUGACACGCCUUCACUGCUGAGCCCAAGAGAGGAAACAUGUCAGGGGAGCUGGUGAGUGUGGAGCACUGCCUGGAGAACAAUGUGCCAGAACAAGAACUCAAGGAACUCAAGAGGAUUCUCUAUGGCCGUGAACACCCCUCCAUUGAGGUUCCUGAAGCAGCUGAGAAGCUGUCACAGCAGUACAAUUUUGAGGUGAAAGGCUACCGCAUAACAGCUGAUAAGGAGGAACUCACAGCUCCAAGAAUUGUUCGCAUUGGAGUUGUGCAGAAUUCCAUCGCUGCGGACACCACUGCCCCUGUGUUGGUUCAGCGCACAGCCCUGCACAACAAAAUCUCCCGCAUCACUGAGGCAGCAGCUCUGUGUGGUGUCAAUGUGCUUUGUUACCAGGAGGCUUGGACUAUGCCAUUUGCUUUCUGCACAAGAGAGAAGAAGCCAUGGUGUGAAUUUGCUGAAGAUGCUGAGUAUGGGCCCACCACUCAGCUGUGUCAAGAGCUGGCCCAAAAGUACAAUAUGGUCAUCGUAUCCCCAAUCUUGGAGCGAGACAGUGUCCAUGGGGAUACCCUCUGGAACACCGCUGUUGUCAUCAGUAACAGCGGACAUGUGGUAGGCAAGACCCGCAAGAACCACAUACCUCGCGUGGGAGACUUCAACGAGUCCACUUACUACAUGGAGGGAGACACUGGCCAUGUUGUAUUCCAGACACAGUUUGGUCGUAUUGCAGUCAACAUUUGCUAUGGACGCCACCACCCUCAGAACUGGAUGAUGUAUGGGGUCAAUGGAGCUGAGAUUGUAUUCAACCCUUCAGCCACUGUUGGAGGCUUGAGUGAGCCAAUGUGGGGCAUUGAGGCAAGGAAUGCAGCUAUAGCCAACAGUUACUUCAGCUGUGCCAUCAAUCGUGUGGGCACCGAGGUUUUCCCUAAUGAAUUCACCUCUGCUGAUGGCAAGCCUGCACACAAGGACUUUGGCCACUUCUAUGGCUCAUCAUACGUAGCAGCCCCUGAUGGCUCCCGUACACCUGGCUUGUCAAGGAACAAGGACGGCCUUCUGUUCACUGAGGUGGACUUGAAUCUGUGUCGCCAGGUCAAGGAUCGCUGGGGAUUCAGGAUGACUCAGCGUCUUGACCUGUAUGCCAGUUCCCUCACAGCUGCAAUCAUGCCCAACUACCAGCCUCCUAUAGUCAGGGACACCUGCUAAGUCUGUACCAAGCUAAUAAGCAUGAUUUCUUUCUGAAAAAAAAUCUUUGAUCUUUUUUUUUUUUUUUUUUGUCAUUUGUUAUGGCAUGUUUGUGCCUUUUGAUCUAUAUUAUAUUACACUCUACUGAGAUGUUUUUAAACUUAUGUAAAUUUGUUAUUACAGCAAAAUGGUCCAGCAAUUUGUAAAUGCAAACCUUCACUGAUGAGUAAAUUUCUAUUUUUGUAAUUUGUCAACCAAACUGGACCAUUUUCUCAGGAAUUAUUUAGUUUGUUUAGUUGUCUCAGUUUCCUCAAAUUUGGAGAUUUACAUUUUUAUAAACAGGAAAACAUGUAAAAUAGGUGUACUAUAUAUAGUUUUGCAUAUUUUGAGUAAUGUUUCUCUUACUUUCUUGUAAUAAUGUCUAAAAAUAUUUUGGAUGUUCUUUAAGAGGCUAAUGCUGCAAGUUUAUUUUAAGAUACAGGGUUGUAAAUUUUAAGCCCCCAUUCAAAAGUCCAUACAUGUGUUCAUCAUUUCUAAAUUGAGGAGAGGCAGGAGAGAAGUCUGAUUCUGUUAAUUUUGUUGCAUAGUUUAUGAUAUUGUCAGUUUCUCUUUUUGUUGAUAUUUUAUUUUGUUAUGAGGAUAAUUAGUUAAUAAAUAACUAUUCUAUAACUAACUACCGUUUGCCGUUUACCGUUUACCGUUGAUGAGGUUUCAGGCCCUGCUCCGCCGCUGAUGUGGCGCUCUCGAGGACCGUCAACAAUUGGAAUGUUAAUUUCAACAAUAAUCCUUGAUGCACUUAUUCUCAAACGUCGUAGUGAGUGAGUGAGUGUCUUAAUUGUAUGUAAAUAGUAACCAUUCUUGUUUAUUUGAAUAUUUAUUUAUCUUUUUAUAAUCUUUUUUACUUAAGAGUAACAACUAUGUAGUGGUUGCUAAAGUUAAAUUUUUUAAUGGUUAUUUCUAUCAAUAUGAUUACAGAAAUUACACAGCACAUUCCAAAGAAUAUUGAUCUACUGCCAUAUUGUCCAACAUUCUAUUGUGAAAGUGGCUGCAAUCAUUCAUCACCAGUUAUUCAUUGGAUUUUAUCAGGAGGGGUCCAGACCACCGCCUGGGAAACAGUAAACUCUUCCAGCACUGACUCACUGUUAGAUGAACCGGCCAUUAGUGAAGGCACUCAAAGCACAGGCUCAUUCAUUUAUUCAUUUUUUUGAUAAUUAAUUUGUAAUUCUUCAGUCAACUUAUAUUGGAUUAUCACCAAAAUGUAACCAACCUGAGAUAUUCACCUAAAAAUGUUCCCAUGUGAAUUUGGUGAGGCUAUAUUAUUUAUUUAUUUUAUUUAGAUGUCUUGGUAACAGACAGACCGACAAACAAAUGAACUACAAAUUAUGUAUCCUCCUCUGUGAAGGCUGCUGAUAAAGAAAAAAAUAAAUGUUCAACUGAUGCAGCUUACUCACAAAGAAAGAGUAAUUUUAUGCAAUAAAUAAAAGGCUAAUUUAAGUUUAUCAAUUGAUUUUUAUGCUGUAACAAGGAAAAAAUAAAGCUAUAUUUACCUUG